AUGUAUGGGCUCCCAGGUGAUCCUAACAGCCAGCGUUUAAAUAGGAACGCCACGGAGACAAGAAUCCACUGUUUAUGGAAUCAUCUUAUAGAGACAGCCUCAGUAUCGACUGGCUCUCUUAUCAUCUGGGAUACGGGGACGUACACUAUUCUCCCACCGCGAGAGACUAGCAGACGCACUAGCUGUAACUCGCAAUCUGAUGAGGAAGAAAAAUCGCCCGAGCUCACGGAGCAGGAGAAACUCCAUCAGACAUUCCAGACACGGAAGAUCCGUAUCCGUCUUAACGGCACACGCUUGCCGCGUAACUAUGUGCUAAACCUACGGCUCACCAAGGAAGAAGACGUAGCCGGCCGCGCUAAGAGCACACGCACGCCCACGUGGCGACGGAGGCGAGGAGCUCCAGCACAAGGCAGAGACUCGGCCAGGGGUAAAGGGAAGGGCAAGGCAGUCGAGCCAGCGACAAGCUCGGGCUCAGACUCGGGCGGAGAGCCCUCAGAAAACGAAGAGUCGGAAAUUGUAAACGCGCCCGUCGAGGAUGUUGACGAGCACGGGAGUCGACUCACGUUCCCGUUUUACGUCCGUGGUGUCGAGGCUGAGAGGAGCGUUGUGACGGGUCGGACCGGUGGUGACGUUUUAAAGGAUGAAGGUGUUGUUGGGUAUAUUGGACGGAAGGGAUGGCGGCCUGUUUUGAAUCGAAUUGGCUGA